AUGUCCGUUGCAGUUUUGGGGUCGAAGCGUGCCGUGUACGACAUCUGGCCGCUCAAAAACAAGAAGUUUUUUGUCCUGGUGGAUCCGCAGAACAUUUUGGGGGAAACCACCGAUUCCAACGCCACACUCAACACCAUCGAAUACCUGUUAAAGAAGCAGGGAGCAGUGGUGGUGGGCGCGUCGUUCGGACCCUUAUGCGGUAUUCCACUAAAUUUGCCGCGGCAACAACGCGAGGAUGCGAUUGUGGCCUUCCGUCGAGAAGGAGGCAGGGGAUUUAGCAACUUUUUCUUCUCGAUCUCUUCCCGUAUGAAGAUGGAGGUGUUGAAGAGCGUGCCAGGGUUGGUGCUCCCAUCCACCUGUUCUGUUGACGGCAACACCGGCAAAACACUUGUGUUUUCUCAGCUGGAGAACGCAGCAAAGUUUGAUGCAUUGCAUCGAGUGUUCCCGAAGGCGGAAUUUCCGCCUGUCUCGACGUUCCCGUUCGUAGAGGAACUUGCCAAACUUCUACCAGGCGUUACGGUGAAAUUUGCCUCGGAUUGUUUGCGUCCCCCGUUGCAUCAGCUGAAACCGGGAGAGAUAUUGGUGCUUGAAAACUUGCAGUUUUACCGCAAUGAGACCUCCUCGGAUCAGGCAGAACGAAUGGCCAUGGCUGAAGUUCUUGCAGCAGAUAUUGAUGUGUUUGUAAAUGAAUCCUUCGCCACAGCUAGCAAGAACCACGCAAGCAACACGGCAAUUCCCAAAAUUCUAUACCACGGUGCUGCAGGACUUUCUGUGGAUCGCGAGUUGGCAUUUUUCUCCAAGUUCCUUACCCACCCCGCACGGCCGAUUGCGGUGGUGGUUGCCGGGACGAAUAUUCCUGAGAAACUACUCAUGAUACGCAGUUUAAUAGGCAGGGUGGACAAGAUCCUCAUCGCGGGACUAUUAAAAAUACCAUUUUUGUCCGCCAAAGGAUUAAGCUCUGGGAAGUCGUUGAAUUUACCCGAGGUGGUAAAACGGAAACUACUGAAUAGCCGCGGUGGGGACUUUGAGGAGGAAACGAUUACAUGUACACAAUUAGCCGAGGAAAUCUUGUCUUUAUGUGAAGCGAAAGGGGUGGAGUUGGUUUUGCCUGUCGAUCAUGUGGUAUCGAAGCGAUUGACAAAAAUCAAUGACGCAUCUGCUGCCGUUGUAGAGUCUAUGGCUAUUCCUUCUGAUGUGUAUGCCAUGGAUUGUGCUUCCAAUACAAUUGCUCUCUUUGCAAAAUACAUUCGUGAGUGUGAGUGUGUAUAUUGGGCCGGUACGUUUGGCUGGACCAGUUUGGGGUACCAUGAAGGCACACGUGCUUUUGCCACUAUUCUUGCACAGGAACGAAAAUUAUCCAUCAUUGGUGGACGUAGCACGGCCCGUGCUGUUCAACAGUUUGGUCUGGCCUCAUAUUUUUCCCAUAUUUCCGGAGGCGGGGUCUCGUGCUUAGAGCUACUUCAGGGAAACCUUCUUCCUGGAGUCGAGGCGCUCUCUGAUGUGGCUCCAGAACUGGACUCCAAAAGUACGUUCUCUGUAGAUGAAUUAUUGAGAAAUCUUCCUCUUUUUUCAAGGUGCACGUCACAUCAACUUAAAGCUGUGGCGCGGAAAUUUGCAAGACGCAUUCAUGCAUGCGGGGACUAUCUAACAUACCGAGGCGAUCGUCAUGUCAGUAUGUGGGUGGUAGCGGAUGGUGGGUUGGUGGCGCGCCUCGGCGAUAACACAAUAACCAUUCCCCCAAGAUACAUUGGACGUGGACAGACCGUGGCCAUGUAUGACUUUAUUACCCAAAGCUUUGCGACGGAAACAGUUCAGGCAGCCGUGAGUGGAACAAUAACAUACCAGUUAACAUCCUCUUCCCUAAAUGAUCUCCUUCAUGAGCAUCCUGACUUGGCAGCGCAAUUUCUGCAAAAUGUUUCGGAGCCGUUAUGUCUCAUGGCAAAUGAAGAGUACCAAGAGCAAACUUCUUUGUGCCCGGCCUUGCGUCGUGCGGCAGCUUGCUCCCGCGUGCCGAGUUCAUAUGGCGUGCCAAAGGAAUGGGGUUUGGUUGAGGACAUAGUACAGGAUGUCGUGUCAACUGUGGUUUUGCAGAAAUUGACAAUGCAGUACAUUGAUUACCCCGCUCUUCCUCCCAAUCAUCAGGUAAAACACAUUUGGGAUAAAAUAAAGUGUCAUGGCGCCCUUUUUCCCGCUGUAGGUGCAAGUGUUUUACGUGCUUUUGUGUACCACAAAGUUGUUCCGCUCGGGUUAAUGCACGCAUCCAUUGUCACGGCUGUCGCUGCUGCACCGCUGCGUUUGGUGGCAAUGGGUGUCACAUGGCGUGGUCUGACGUACAAGGCAAUAUUGGACGAAGCAAUGGUAUCAGUAGCUGUCAGUUGGGCUCCAACGGUGGCGUAUGCAGGCUUUCUCGUCACACAGCGCCGUUUGGAACUUCUCAAGAGAUCGAGGUGUUCACGUAUUGUGCAGCUUCUCAUCAUGGCCAUUAUUAGAGUUAUUUUGGGAUUUGUUGUUUUUUCCCUGUUGUUUCGCCGCUGCGAUGAGAUUGGGUCCACGUCUCUCUUUGGGAUAUUCAGGAAAGAUGCCUUUAAGGCGUACGAGUUGAAGCAGGUGAUCUCGGUGUUUUUGCGUUACGUGGUGCAUUUGCUGCUGGGCGUGGUGCGGAAGACAAGCGCGUACACGAAGUCAAUUCAACAUGGACGCCAACUGUUGGACCGCAAGUAG